UUGUAAAGCAAGGACUUACAAAUCUAACUGCUUACUCUUUCCAUGAUAACUUGCAGGUUAUAAACAAUGAAAACUCAAGGUUUUAUGGAUUUAUCCUUGAUGGUAAGGCGUAGCGUAUACGAUUUUAAGCGGAACUUUACUUAUGUCUUCCGGUGGCGCAUGGGAGCGGGUUUAAAAUGUAUGCGUAAAUAUGGCUGCUGUGUAUUGGUCUCGAGGCAAAAAUAUCGAUAUCGUGCAAGAAAAUAAGUUCAGAUGCUGCAUGUAUAUUGAGAAUGGGGCAGUCAAUCAUUAUUCGUAACAGUAUCAUAUUACCACGAAAAAAACACAUUCAAGUAGGGGCUAGUACUGUCUUUCAGCGACGUAACAGCACAUAAGCUUGUUAAAUAAAAAAAAAAUGCUAAAAAUAACGAAAAUUUUUUCCGAACAAGCUGAUAUAAGUGAGAGGCGCUAUAAAAACUGAAGAUUUAGGCUGCGUUCUCGCAAAUUUCGUCUGCGGUUGUAAGGAGGCGAUAAGUUUACUACAUUGACUGACUAUGAAGUUUUCGCUUGUUAUCGCUCUCGUGGUGGGAAUCAUUCAUUCUCAAGAAGUUCUCGGCUGUGGUGGUGGUCGUCGAGGUGGCCGUGGCGGUGGCCGUGGAGGUGGUGGUAGAGGCUCCCCACCUCCACCACCGCUGCCUCCACCACGCGGCGGCGGCGGUGUUGGUGGUGCAAGCAGAAGUAAAUGUUUUGCACAGAUCUGUAGCGGCAAUCCUACCAACCGAAUAAGAAGCGAUUCUCAAGGCGAUGGUGCUUAUUUAGCAAGAAGAGGUAGUCGCCGCCAUAGAGGUUACGACAUUGUAUGUUCUGCAGGGGCCAGUGUCUACGCACCUUUUCCCGCUAGAGAUAAGGGGGUGACCAGACCAUAUAGCCCUAAGUCAUCUCACUGGGGGGCAGUUUACAACACCGGUGUCUUCAUGGAAGGCACUGGAUCAUGGGCAGGCUACGAGGUCAAGAUGUGGUAUGUGAGCAAGGGAGUUAGGGAUCGUGUUAGCGUUUCUGCAGGAGAUUUCGUUGGUACCAUGGAAAACAGGGCUGCUGUGUCGCGUGGUAUGAUAAAUCAUGUUCACGUGCAACUUCAGAAGAAUGGCGUGAUAGUGAACCCCACACCUUAUAUUUGUUAAGGUUUUGCAGUCUACUCACUGGUGCAAAUGACAAAGCCUGGACAAGAGGAAAGACUCAGGACUCCAUAGUUUUUUGGUUAACAUACAUGUAGAACAAAUAACCAGGCGAAACUCUGCCGGUUAUGAAGAUCGAAUGCUUGUAGAAUUACAAAAGUGCUAUAGCAAAUCAAGGCAAUAAACGUAAGAUAAACUUGA